GCAAACGCGACGGUUGAAAACUAGAAGAAGCCCCAGCAGCCGCAGUAGCUAGCCAGCAUAAUCAGAAACCAAGUCAGAAGAGUCCCCAGUAGAGACACACAAUAUUGUAUAGAUAUUCGACGCGGAAUAUAUAUUUGGAAAAUCCCAGCAAGAAAAUAACAACAAAUCGUUUGUGCAGUGACCAGUGCCAAUGAAACAAAGUUUUCAAAAAAUACAAAAUAAAAACAAGCCCGGUCGGUGAAAAUUUCGGAAAAUCCAAAACUAAAACUAAAGUAAAAGUGAAAGGAUAUUCCGGCAUGAAUGGAAGCCCCCCACAGCCGCAGUAUAAAAUGAUUACACGAGCAGUGCUUUAUUGAUUUUCGGCUCGCAGUGAGAACAAAACUUUCGCGAAAACUGACAGUGAAAAUUCCAUAGCAUAUCGCAGAGCUAGGAAAAGCCGACAAGGCGAGAGAAAGACCAAAGGAAAACCCCUUUGAAUUCUUCUGCAAGUGCCAUUGCGAUCCAGGCGGCGUAGCCCCUGGAACUCCAUCAGCGGCCAUGAUCAUGGAAGGGCUUGAAACCCUGGUGGCGCCCACGCAUCACGCAUUCCUGCUCACCGAGACGGCCGCGGCCGCUCACUUCAAUGUGCUGAGCUUCGACACCUGUCUGUUCAAGACGAGCACGGCGGCCCAGAGCAGCGGCAGUCCGUCAUCGGCGGCGACCACCUAUCUGAGUCCCGCCCAGUUCGGUGGCAAUCCCAGCGGAGCCGGUACCAGCCACAGCAGUGGCUCCCUGAACUCCACCUCUGCCUCCUCCUCGUCCACUUCCUCUUCGCUGCUGCAUUACACCAGCGCCUCAGCAGCUGCGGCCGCCGCAGCAGCCGCCUCCGCCGCCGUUGCUGCUGCCAACAACUCGGUACUGCGAGCCCGCAACCAGACAGCCACGCCCACGCAGGGCGGCAGUCCCGGACACGUGGCCGUGCAGCCAAGCGCCGCCGCGAGCAGCGGACGCAGCUCUGCCUCGCACCUUAGCCUACUGAACACCAGUGGCCAGCACAGUCCCGCCUCGGCCUCGGUCGUGGAGCAGGUGGAGGCUCACAAGCAGAUGAUCGAGGCGCUGCCGGGCGAUCUCAAUACGCCGGUGACCACGUCCAGCGAUAUACCCUCGUUCUUUGGCCCCACCACAGUGGUGGAACCGCCACCCAUUACUGGUUCUAUUGAAUCCGAGGACCUGUCGCUGGAGCCCCAAGCGGUAUCCGUGGGCAGUCCUGUGCUGUCACAUUGUAGUCCAUUGAAAGAGGAGCGCAGUACGCCGCCAGCUUUGGCCAUUGUCAAGGAAGAAUCAAGUAAUAAUAGUUGUAAUAUGUACCCACAACACAACAACAACACAACAUCAUCAUCAACAAAUACAACAACAACCAAACAGACAACAAGCGAAAGCCACAACAACACAGAGGGCGUUGGCUCGCCGGGAAACAACAACAACAACAGCACACAAUCACACCAACAACAACAGCUGCAUCACAAUAGCAACAACAACAGCAAUACGAAUUGCCAUCACAACAGUCACCAGCAGCAGCAACAACAACAACAGCCCCACAUGAGCUCCCCGCAACACCAGCAUCAAUACCAACAACAACAACACCAAAUAUUACACCAACAACAGCAACAAUUGCCACAUCAUCACCAUCAUCAUCAUCAUCAUCACCAUCACAGUCACAGUCAACUCCAACAUCAACACCAACAACAACAGUUACAACAACAACAGGACCCACACCAACAACAGCCGCUACACCAACAGCAGCAGCUGCAGCAUCAACAGCAACACCAACAACACUACCAACAACAUGCCAUCCAACACCAACAGGCUAACAAAAUCUCAUAUCGUGGCAUUUUCACCACCACAGGCAACGCCAUGAACGCAGCAGCAGCCGCCGCAGCAGCUGCCCAGCAGCAGCAGCAACAGCAGCAACUUCCCUCCCCGCAAUUGGGUGUUUUGCCCGGACCCAUGUCGCCGCCCUCGAACAGUUUGGGCAACAGUUGGGGUCUGCCCAGUCCGGACAAGACCAUGUUCCAGCCACCCCUCUUCAGUUUGCCCGCUCACUAUGCCACCAUGCAGCAGCAGCAGCAACAACAGCAGCAGCAACAACAACAGCAGCAGCAGCAGCAAUCUGCGGGUGCCGCUCCCUCGCCAUAUGACGACGGACGAGCGGCAGCGGCGGCGGCAGCCCAGCACGCUGAACUCCUGGGCCUGACCAUGGACUGUACGCCCCUGUUGCUCAAGCAACCGCCACCAACCUAUGCCGGAGCCUCUGGAUUCGAGGGACUUGGCCAACUGCACAGUAGCCACGAACAGUUGCAGCAGCAUCAGCAGCAGUAUGUGCGCACGCAGCCCAAAUACCAGUGGCUGGACUCCCCGGCGGACUACGCCCAGCAGCAGCAACAGGUGCAGCAGCAGCAACAGCAACAACAGCAGCAGCAGACAUUGGUGCUGCCGGGACCUACUUCAUCUGCGAGCUCUAGUAAUGCAGCCCUGGGAGUGCUGAUACCCAAGCAGGAAAGCUAUCCGGACAUGCAGCCCGGUUCCAAUGGCACAGGUUAUUCGGCCGGAUCAGGGGGCAGUUCCUCGGCAGCCGCUGCCGCCGCCGCAGCUGCUGCAGCAGCCGUGCAAUUGGCCGAAUACAGUCCAUCGACGAGCAAGGGACACGAGAUCCUCUCGCAGGUCUACCAGCAGAGCAGUGUUCCCUUGAAACUGGUGCCAGUGAAGCCGCGCAAGUACCCCAACCGCCCCAGCAAGACGCCCGUGCACGAGCGACCCUAUGCCUGUCCGGUGGAGAACUGCGACCGCCGUUUCUCGCGUUCUGACGAGCUCACCCGCCACAUACGCAUCCACACGGGCCAGAAGCCCUUCCAGUGCCGCAUCUGCAUGCGCAGCUUCAGCAGGAGCGACCACCUGACCACCCACAUUCGCACCCACACCGGGGAGAAGCCCUUCAGCUGCGACAUCUGCGGCCGAAAGUUUGCCCGCUCUGACGAGAAGAAGCGGCACGCCAAAGUGCAUCUGAAGCAGCGCAUCAAGAAGGAGAAGGUGCGUGGCGAGCAGCAACAGCAGCAGCAACAACAGCAGCAACAACAGCAGCAGCAGCAACAGCAGCAGCAACAACUCCAGCAGGAGCAGCAUCACCUGAGCCUGCAGCAGCACCCGCAGUAUCAGCAUGCCCAUCAUCACCUCCUGCAGGCCGCCGACCUGGCCAUAGUUACCUCGAGUGCGAGCAUGUAGAGACUAGAGAACUCAGCAUCCGGCGUUGGCAAGGCCCGGGUUCCCCCGCCCAAGGUGAACCUGGCCUUGGCUCUGGAUCUCGACGAGAACGCCUUUCCCUUCGAGCUGACCUCCGACUACGGCACCCUGUCGCCGCUCACCAGCCCCGUGCAGUUCAAUUACGUGUGGGUCGGCCAGGACUCCAGUCAGCCCUUCUUCUACAAGGACGGCUCCUCGGAGAACUGAGGUGGGACCAGGGAAUCAAUCGCUGAUGCUGAAUAAUCAUUAAUGUAUACUGAGUUGUAGUCGUAAUACCGGGGUUGUGCUACCAGCAAAAUCUAUGCAAGACAUUAAAUCGUAAUGAGGUUACAAUAUGCUACAGUUAGCCUAGAUAAUAUAUAUACUAUAUAUCACACACCCAGUAAUGGCCAGGAUAAGAAUCAAGCAAAGCAAAACAAAGUUACUAACCAUACAAAGCCUAACUAAAGCAAAUUGAUGAUUACUAAUAAUGUUUGAUAUAAUUGAAGUGGGAAAAUAUUUAACUUAUGUCUCUAAUACUGUGAUCUCAUGUGUAAUAAUUAUUAAUUUUAAUUUCCUUACAUAACUACAUGAAUAACCAGAAAUAAUUUUAAAAAUUAUAAUUCUUUCGCCUUUGCCUAGCUAAUGUUCAUUUUUUAAAAAUGCUAACACACCACCACACACACAAAAGAACACACACACACACUAAUUUAUUGCAUUUUAUAAUAAUUAUAUAUACAUUAUAAUUAUUAACUUAUUGUCUUAAAGGUUUAGCUUUAGGUUUUAACAUUCAGAAACGUAAAGGAGCACACAAAAAUCUUAGCAUAUCAUUUUUUCCUCUAAGCAUUAUAAAUUGCAUAAGUUCAAAACAAAAAUUACUUUUAAAUCGAAUAAUGGAAUUUCGUGUGCUAAUUAUGAACGAAGUGAAGCGAACUUGUUUAACAAAACAAAAAAAAGAAAGAAACCGAAACUUAAAUUUGAAAAAUGCCCCUUGUACUUCCUUAACUGAUUCGAAAUCAAUAUGGCAAAUGAAAAUUUAAUUUUAUCUUAUUAUAUAUGAUAUUUAAAAUAAAUAUACUUGUUCAGUCUACUGUAGAAAUCGAUA